GUUUCUAACCGGAGCGGGUCCGUUGGUGUACAAAGGAAAUGAAUGGGUUGAAACGCUGUUUGUUGACAUACAUGUGUUCACAUCAUCGAGUUUUAAAUAACUUGGAAUAAAAAACUCACGCUGUUAGGAAUGGAAUGUGACAUCUUGGACUCUUUGGAUCAGCUCGGCUAUGACGGGCCUCUCCUGGAGGAGAAGGCGCUUCUUCGCGCCGCAGAGAGCGGCCUGUCCUCGCCGGAGUACGUGAGCCUCUGCGGCUGGUUGGCGUCCAGACUGAAGCCGCUGUGUAGCCUGGAGGAGAGCAUCACCUCCGGAUCAGAUGACCUGGAGAGCCUCCAGGUUGAGAUGAGUGGGCUUCUGAGGGAACUUCACUGUCCUUAUGAAGAAGGCCUCUCUGGAACUCCUAAAGGCACCGUGGGAAAUACCAAGAAGCAUCUCCAGUUCCUCUUGUUCCUGAGCUCCGAGCUUCAGGCAGCCCAGAUUGUGAGCUGCAGGCAGGCGUCUGAUAAACAGCAAAGCAGGAGUCCGGUUUAUCGGGAGCUUUCAGCCGUCUGUGAAGCUCUGCGGCUGCCAGAGCCCAGAGGACAGGAGGCUGCAGAAGUCCUCUCUGCUGUCCAGAACAGGGUUGAAAAAGUUCUUCAAGAACUUCCCGUCGGUUCUGCAGGAAAACCAGUCCUGAAGAAGUCGCUCAGCAGUGAGCAGUGGGAAAAGCUGCGAAACAUCAAUGAAGUACUGUCGUCAGAGUACGAGAGUCGCCGCAGGAUGCUGAUCAAGCGUCUGGACGUCACCGUUCAGUCCUUCGGGUGGUCGGACAGAGCUAAGGUAAAGGUGGACAGUAUGGCGAGCGCCUACCAGCCUAGGAGGCACACUCUGAGGCCCAAGUCCACCGUGGACGUGGCCGACUUGCUGGCCGCCAGGGAGGAUCUCUGCAACGUGGUGAAGACCAGCAGCGGCUCCAGCAGGAAGAAGACUGCAUGUGCGGUCAACAAGGUUCUAAUGGGAAGAGUACCAGACCGAGGAGGACGACCCUCCGAGAUAAGCCCCCCACCUCCAGAGAUGCCGCCCUGGCAGAAAAGGCAAGAUGGAGGACGAGGUGGAGGUUGGGGGCAAGGAGGCCGUGGAAGGGGAGGUGGAUGGGGAGGUGGUUGGAGAGGAGGACACGGCAGACAUGGAGAUCACGGAGGACAUGGAGGGAAGAGGGGACGAUACCAGUAUUAGCAUCAGUGGAAGCAAAUGUCGUUUAAACACAACAGCAAUUUUACCUCAGCAAGUGUUAGAGCAGCAGCUGCAUAGCUCAAUAGACUGGGACACAAGGAGAUGAGGGUUUGAUUCCCUGGAGAAAAAUAGGUGCAACUGUUACCAGCAUCUAGUUUGGGUCCUACAGCAAUACCCGUCACGCUACUGCCUAUCCAAGAUUUUUUCCUCAUUUUUUUAAGUUAUUUUGGAUAAAAGCGUCUGUUAACCCUUGUGCUAUCCUAUGACCCUAUGAUUGACAUGUUCUCCCUACCACGACAAAGGUGGAUAAAGGUGGAAAGAUUUCAUGUAAUCCAUGGACACCAGUGAAGAUCACAUAUCAUUGAAGAAAAAAGGUUCUGUGUUGUGGGGUCUAGAUGACCAUUACUCCCAAUGUCAAAGUGCCUAGGAUAGCACAAGGGUUAUGGACAGCUGAUUCAGCUCAUCAUCAGGCUCUGCAGAAGCCCAACAGUCACCAAAGGCAGGUGACUGAGCAGGGUUCCCCGAGGACCAGGGUUGGGAAACACCGUACUACAUUGAAGUGGACUGAUGGGCACUUCCUGGUUUCAGUGAAAGCAUCUUUUAUUUUUUAUUUUAAAUGAUUUUAUAAAGCCCUUUGACAGAACCCACACUUGUUAAAGUGAUGUUAGGAAAUGUGAGUAGUCAUACUGCAGCCAAAUCUUCACCUUCACUAAAACCACUCAAGCAUUGUGUGUGUGUGUGUGGGGGGGGGGAUUGGAAACUUAAAAGGAUAAAUGUCAAAUUAUUUUUAAAUAAAUCUGCAUUGAAUUAAAGACACUAAAUAAUGUUUGAUUUAAUGUAGUAAAAGAAAUAGGAAUGUGAUUAUUGGAUGUGUAAUGAUAAACAUGUACCACAAGGUGGCAUGUUUGUUUUCUAGAACAAAAUAAUCAACUUUUCUCCAAAUGUUUAUUCAUGGCCUAUCACUUUCAUGAGACAAUUUGAAAAUGUUUUUCAUUAGUUUAUACAGUAACCAAUAGUUAAAGCAGAAUUUUACAUAGUGUACAUUAUAAACAGCAUUCCUGUACAUAAACGUUUACAGUUCAAUAACAAAAGCAUUUUUUUCCCCUCCUGUUUACUCAAAUCUUUUAUAAAAUUGCACAAAAAAAGACACAAAAAAGGCAAUGAAAAAUCUACCAGGAAAGAUUUGG